AGGGAGAUAGUGACAGACAAGGAUAGAGAGACAGAGAGAGAGACACACACACUCAGAGAGAAGAGUGAGAUAGACUAAGGGAAAGCUGAGAGAGAAAGAGUGGAGCCAUGCAAACACUUUAACAUUAUUAAGGAACAUAGGAUAUUGCGUUUAAUGCAUAGCCCUUUUGCACUUUUAAGUUCUGUGUUAAAUGUAAACAUUUCUCCUGACAACUUUUGUGUAUUUCACGUAUGAUCUUAGAUAAAUUAGGCACUUUAUUAUCUUUUUUGAUUUAGAUAGCGGAAUUCAAAUUGUUUUCAAGGGUUUAUAAGAUCUGCAGUUUCACCAUUUAGUUGUCACUCAUAUUCUCCCCCAUGUUGCAGUCAGCCAGCAGAAGAGUGUGUAGUAAGGUUUUCUUUGCAGAUAUUUCACUUCGAGAAAACAUUUUCCAGAAUGAUAUCUGCAGAAAGAUUUGUACCUCUCCUUGCAGGCAGACUCUUAUGCCAGCUUGGGUGUUAGAUAAAUAUGGAAAUAAUAAUGUGUUGCGCUUUGCAAAAAGUACCCUGUUUCCAAUUGUACAUUACCCAAAUGAAGUUAUUAUCAAAGUACACGCUUCCAGCUUAAACCCUAUUGAUAUUUCAAUGAGAAAUGGUUAUGGUGCUGCCACACUGAACAUGAGGCGCGAUCCGUUGAGUAUAAAUCCCGCGGGGAGCGAGUUUCCUCUGAUUCUGGGCCGAGACGUAUCAGGCGUCAUCAUGGAAUCUGGCCUGGAUGUGUCUUUUUUCAAGCCUGGAGAUAAGGUCUGGGCAGCGAUCCCACCCUGGAAACAGGGAACAUUGGGAGAGUUUGUUGUGGCAAGUGCAAAUGAGGUAUCGCACAAGCCGAAAGGUUUGAGUCACAUCCAGGCUGCAGCUUUACCCUAUGUGGCGCUGACGGCAUGGUCAGCUCUGGUGAACACUGCGGGACUGAAGAAAGACAACUGUAAAGGGAAAAGGAUUCUGAUCCUUGGUGGAUCUGGAGGGGUUGGCACUUUUACUAUUCAGCUCACAAAAGCCUGGGGAGCCCAUGUAACAACCACCUGCUCCCAGGAUGCCUUCUCAUUCGUCAAGGAUUUGGGCGCAGAUCACGCCAUUGACUAUAAAACUCCACAUGUGGAGCAGCAACUGAAGACCUUGGACCUGUUUGACCUAAUUUUAGAUAACGUGGGCGGAGAUACAGAAAAGUGGGCCUUGAGCUUGCUGAGGCCGUGGUCAGGAGCAACGUACGUUACAUUGAUCACUCCGUUGAUGCUCAACAUGGACAGGCUGGGGGUCCCUGAUGGAAUGCUUCGGUCUGGGGUGACUGUGGGCACAAAAGUGUUAAAGCAUCUGAGGAACGGUGUGCAUUAUCGCUGGGGCUUUUUUGCACCAAGUGGUCCAUCGCUGGAUGAGAUAGUGGCACUUGUAGAUGAGGGCAAGAUCCGUCCAGUUGUUGAUCAGGUGUUCUCCUUCUCUGAAGUUCCAGAGGCUUUUCAAAAACUGGAAGGGGGUCAUGCACGAGGGAAGAUUGUAAUUGACGGUAUUGGAAGUGGGAAAUGAUUGUAACCUGUACAGACCAUUAUAUUAAACUCACUUCAAGCCA